AUGCGCAGGCAAUCGAAGCUCUCGCCCACGCAGCUGGAAGAGCUGCAGAAAGCAACCCACUUUGACAAGAAAGAGCUCCAGCAAUGGUAUAAAGGGUUCCUGAAGGACUGCCCGUCGGGCACCUUGACCAAGGAGGAGUUCCAGAAGAUUUACCGACAGUUCUUCCCCUUUGGUGAUCCAUCAUCAUUUGCAAAUUAUGUGUUCCGCGUAUUCGACUCGGAUAACAGUGGCAUGAUCGAUUUCAAGGAGUUCAUUUGCGCCUUGUCCGUGACCUCGCGAGGCAAGAUGGAGGACAAGCUCGACUGGGCCUUCCAACUGUACGAUAUUGACGGCGACGGCAAGAUCACUUACGACGAGAUGCUGGCCAUUGUCGAGGCGAUUUACAAGAUGGUGGGAUCGAUGGUGAAACUGCCGGAGGACGAGGAUACCCCCGAGAAGCGAGUGCGGAAGAUCUUCCGAAUGAUGGACAAGGAUGAGAAUGGCAGCCUGGAUCUCGAAGAGUUCAAGGAGGGCAGCAAGCGCGACGAGACAAUUGUCAGUGCGCUGUCGCUCUACGACGGGUUGGUAUAG